CAAGCCAAACAGAGAGCGGGUCGAGCAGGAAGAACGGGACCGGGGAAGUGUUACCGUUUGUACACCGAGCGCGCCUAUAGAGAUGAGAUGCUGCCAACGAACGUUCCGGAGAUCCAGAGAACAAACUUAGCCAGUACCGUGCUGUCUCUUAAAGCCAUGGGGAUCAAUGACCUGCUGUCGUUUGAUUUCAUGGACGCCCCUCCUAUGCAGACCCUGAUAUCGGCCAUGGAGCAGCUUCACGCCCUCAGCGCUCUGGACGACGAGGGUCUCCUGACUAGGCUGGGAAGGAGGAUGGCUGAGUUUCCUCUGGAGCCCAUGUUGUCUAAGAUGUUAAUUAUGUCGGUCCACCUCGCCUGUAGUGAUGAAAUUCUGACUGUCGUCUCUAUGUUGUCCAUCCAAAAUGUCUUCUAUAGACCAAAGGACAAGCAGGAUUUGGCGGACCAGAAGAAAGCCAAGUUCCACCAGCCUGAGGGGGACCACCUGACACUACUGGCGGUGUACAACUCUUGGAAGAACAACAAGUUCUCCAGCCCGUGGUGCUACGAAAACUUUGUACAGAUCCGCACACUCAAGAGAGCCCAGGACGUCCGCAAACAGAUGUUGGGCAUCAUGGACAGACAUAAGUUAGAUGUGGUCAGUUGUGGUAAGAAUACGGCUCGGGUUCAGAAGGCCAUCUGCAGUGGAUUUUUCCGUAAUGCCGCGAAGAAAGAUCCCCAGGAGGGAUAUCGCACCCUGGUAGACAGUCAGGUGGUGUACAUACACCCCUCUAGUGCCCUCUUCAACAGACAACCAGACUGGGUGAUUUACCAUGAACUCGUGCUGACAACAAAAGAAUACAUGAGAGAGGUAACGGCCAUUGAUCCCAAGUGGCUUGUGGAAUUUGCUCCAAAAUUUUUCCGAUUCAGCGACCCAACAAAACUCAGCAAGCAGAAAAAACAGCAGAAAAUCGAGCCGUUAUACAACAAAUACGAAGAUCCAAAUUCCUGGAGAAUCUCAAGAGCUUUCAAGAAAGUCCACACGAAAGUUACUUUCUAGAUUUAAAUGUCUACUGUCUAUUUCUUAUUGGAAUCUUUAAUACUUGAUAAAAAGUGCUUGUCUUGUACAAUCUACAGAUGCCAGUUGUGAUUGUUCUAAUGUCUAAAAAUUGGAACAGUUUUAAAAAUCAUGCAUUUUUGUUAAAAUACUUUAAUGUCUGUGAAAAGAGAAAAGAAUUUGAAAAGGACAAUUUACUGAUAACGAUUAUAGAUAUUGAUUUUUUUAUCACUGUGCAUUGGGAUAAAUAACCUUUUGCAGAUUUAAUAUGUUUUUACAUGAAGUUUUUUUCAUAAAAAUUAGUAUAUAGUUUAAAUGGAGCUUUUAUUACUUUUAUUAAUUUGGAAACCUAAAAUAAGUUCAUAGAAAAAAGGGCCAUUUCUGAACACUUAAAAUUUUUAAUUAUAGACAUUGAUGUUGUGGAAUGUUACAUUGCACAUAAACAAGUAUGGACUGAAUUAUGUACGUAAUUUAUAUGUAUGUGAAAGUGAUAAAAUAAGUGUACUGUUUUAAACAAAUGAAAUAUUAUGAAUAAUUUUUUAACUCAAUGUGAUAUGCUUCACUCUCUACCUUCGUCUCAUAAAUUCACCUCUAGCUGUCAGCUUAUGGUUAUCAAAGUAAUAAAAUACAUGUAGAUUGAGAUACAUGUAUUGAUCUAGAAUUUUAAGUUUCAUUUGAAAUAAACAUUGCAAUAUUA